CUCCGGCCAUUGUUCGCCGAGGGGAAUAUUAUAUCCACGCUCCUUCUCCUCCACAUUGUGGGCCGGGCGCUGGAUUUUGCACAUUCUUUUGAGCGGACAAAAAAAAAGAAAGAGUGCGCGCACUGCACCACCCCGCCGGACAUAAGGAAAAGACACAACCCGCGAAAACCGAAGCCACAGCACUACACCCCGCAAAAUGGCGCCCAAGAAGAAGGGAGGCAAGAAGGGCGGCAACGAUGACUGGGAGGCCGAGCUCGGCGAGAGCAUCGCGCUGGCCAACGCCCCGCCCGCCGGCGCUGAUACCCCCGCGGCCGCGGACGACGAUGCGCCUGCCAUGGGCGGCGGCGGCCUCAUGAACUUGAUGCGCAAGAACAAGGAAAAGCGCAAGAAGAAGGGGCUGAGCGAAGACUGGGUCGACGGCGAGACCGCCGCCGAGCAGCAGCAGCCGGCCGAGCCAACCGCGCUGCCGGACCUCGCGGCCAAGCAGCCCGAGGAGGCGAAUCUGGAGGAGGAGUUUGCCCAGCUCGACAAGAAGGGCAAGGGCGGCAAGGGCAAGCAGCAGCAGAAGCCUCAGGCGGCUGCCGCAGCGGCGAAGGAGGACGAGGGGGAGGGCGUCGAGGUCGGGAGGGUGUUGACCAAGGCGGAGAAGGAGAGGCUCAAGAAGGAACGGGAGAAGCAACGGAAGAAGGAACAGGCUGCCAAGAAGAAGGCUGCUGGCCCUGCCCAACAAGCCAAAGCCGAGCCCGCGAAGCCCGCCGCCGAGGAGGCCAAGCCCGAGACGCCUGCCGCCGCCCCUGCCGCCGCCCCUGCUGCCGCCCCUGCUGGCGGCAAGAAGAAGAAGCUCCCUGCCCACUUGCUCGCCAUCCAGAAGCAACAGGAGGAGCUGCGGAGACGGCAGGAGGAAGAAGAGCGGUUGCGCGCAGAGGAGCAGGCCAGGAUAGAGGAGGAAGAGCGCCGGGAAGCCGAGGAGCGCAAGCGAAAGGAGGAGGAGAAGGCCCGCAAGAAGCAGAAGGAGAAGGAGAAGAUCGAGCAGCUCAAGCGCGAGGGCAAGUACCUCACCAAGGCCCAGAAGGAGGAGAAGGCCCGCAAUGAGCGUAAGCUGCAGCAGAUGAUUGCUGCGGGCAUCAAGAUCGGCGGUCUUGCGGAAGGCGAGGCGGAGAAGGAGAAGGAAAAGGAGAAGGAGAAGGAGAGGAAGAAGGCGGAUGUGAGGAAACGGGGCGGCCGGUCAAAGAUCGAUGAAGAGAAGGCCCUGGCAGAGGCGGCGGAGCGCGCGAGGUUGCAGGCCGAGGCGGCCGCGAAGGAGGCCGAGGAGAAGGCUCGCCUCGAGCGGGAGAAGGCCGAGGCUGAGGCUGCCGCCGCCGCCGCCAAGGCUGCUGCUGAAGACAGCGUGGACGAGGACUGGGAGGCGCUUGUCGAGUCGGAGAAGGAGGACGUCAAGGAGAGCUGGGACGCCGAGACCGAGGACGAAGCCGAGAAGGAGGAGCCGAAGAAGCCAGAAGCCAACGGCAAGGCCCAGCAGGCCCAGCAGGCCCAGCAGGCCCAGCAGGCCCAGCGGGCCCAGCGGGCCUUACCCUCUCGGCCGAAGCCGAAGGAGGAGGAGUCAGAAUCAGAGGAGGAGUCGGAGGAGGAGUCGGAGGAGGAGGAUAAGGCCACUCAAGCCCGGAUCGCCGAGGCGCAGCGGAAGAAGGAGGCGGCCGAGCGCCGCGAGAAGGCCCACCAGGCUGCGCUGGCGGCUCGGUCAAAGGACAACCUGCGCUCGCCGAUUUGCUGUAUUCUUGGGCACGUCGAUACCGGCAAGACCAAACUGCUCGACAAGAUCCGGCAGACCAACGUACAGGAAGGCGAAGCCGGCGGUAUCACUCAGCAGAUCGGCGCCACCUACUUCCCCGUCGAGGCCAUCCGCCAGAAGACGGCCGUGGUAAACCGCGACGGCUCGUUCGAAUUCAAGGUUCCCGGCCUCCUCAUCAUCGAUACGCCCGGCCACGAGUCGUUCUCCAACCUGCGAUCUCGCGGUUCGUCGCUCUGCAACAUCGCCAUCCUGGUCGUCGAUAUCAUGCACGGCCUCGAACAGCAGACGCUCGAGUCCCUGAGGCUGCUGCGUGACCGCAAGACGCCGUUCAUCGUGGCGCUCAACAAGAUCGACCGUCUGUACGGCUGGAAGAAGAUCGACAACAACGGCUUCCAGGAGAGCUUGGCGCUGCAGAACAAGGCGGUGCAGAACGAGUUCAGGAACCGGCUCGACAAGGUCAAGCUCGCCUUUGCCGAGCAGGGCUUCAACUCGGAGCUCUUCUACGAGAACAAGUCCAUGGCCCGAUACGUGUCGCUGGUGCCCACGUCGGCCCACACCGGCGAGGGUAUCCCCGACAUGCUGAAGCUGCUGGUCCAGCUCACGCAGGAGAGGAUGGUCGGCUCGCUCAUGUACCUCUCGGAGGUCCAGGCGACGGUGCUCGAAGUCAAGGCCAUUGAGGGUUUCGGCAUGACCAUCGACGUCAUCCUGUCCAACGGCAUCCUCCGAGAAGGCGACCGCAUCAUCCUCUGCGGCGUGGACGGCGUCAUCAAGACAAAUAUCCGAGCGCUGCUUACCCCCGCACCGCUCAGAGAACUCCGUCUCAAGUCGCAGUACGUGCACAACAAGGAGGUCAAGGCCGCCCUGGGUGUCAAGAUCAGCGCCCCCGGUCUCGAGGGUGCCAUCGCCGGCUCCCGCCUGCUCGUGGUCGGCCCGGACGAUGACGAGUCGGAUCUCGAGGACGAAGUCGAGUCCGAUCUGGCCAGCCUGUUCAGCCGGGUCGAGAAGACAGGCCGCGGCGUCAGCGUGCAGGCGUCGACGCUCGGCUCGCUCGAGGCCCUGCUGGACUUCCUCAAGGAGUCCAAGAUUCCCGUGGCCAACGUCGGCAUCGGCCCGGUCUACAAGCGCGACGUCAUGCAGUGCGGCAUCAUGCUGGAGAAGGCGCCCGACUUCGCCGUCAUGCUCUGCUUCGACGUCAAGAUCGACAAGGAGGCGCAGGCCUACGCCGACGAGCAGGGCAUCAAGAUCUUCACGGCCGACAUCAUCUACCACCUGUUCGACGCCUUCACGAAGCACAUCCAGGAGCAGAACGAGAAGAAGAAGGAGGAGUCCAAGAUGCUGGCCGUCUUCCCCUGCGUGCUCAACCCCGUGGCCGUCUUCAACAAAACCAACCCCAUCGUCGUCGGCGUCGACGUCGUGGAGGGUUCCCUCCGCAUCAACACGCCCAUCGCCGCCGUCAAGACCAAUCCGACGACGGGCGCCAAGGAGAUCAUCAACCUCGGUAGAGUCGCCUCGAUCGAGCGCGAGCACAAGCAGAUACAGAUGUGCAAGAAGGGCCAGCCGUCGGUGGCCAUCAAGAUCGAGGCGGCGGGCGGCCACCAGCCGGCCUACGGCCGCCAGCUCGAAGAGAAGGACACGCUCUACUCGCUCAUCUCGCGCCCCAGCAUCGACUGCCUCAAGCAGUUCUACCGCAACGACGUCACCAACGACGAGUGGGCCCUCAUCAUCAAGCUCAAGCCCGUGUUUGAUAUCCCUUAGGCUAGCUAGCUGGCACGCAUGCACGCAUGCACAUAUGCACGCAGGUUUGGUAGAGGAGAGAGGGGGGAGGUUGGGGCGGCGCUGGGUGGGUAGGUAGGUGAGUGAGUGAGUGAGUGAUGGGGUUUGGGGGAGUCAUGGGUGGUUCAGGUAUGUAGCGGGAAGGUGUAGGUAGUGUAGGGAUUUACGGCUUGCCAGUUCUAGCGGAAUUGGGUGGGGGGAAGGGUGAGUAGGGGAUCAUCCACAACGCAGUGAAUUAAAAUGUCGGGUUACCGGUUUGUUGGUCAGUUGGUCGAGAGCCGCUUUGCUGUGAUGCUUGUUGAACGUGACUCGGUCGGUGUUGUAGUGCCAUCUCAUGCGAGUUACUUAUGCGCUCUGAUUUAGUGAUUUGCCAUGUCUUGACUCGUCUUCGAGCGUUUGAGUUACUG